UAAAUAUUGCACGGACGGAAAUAAUAUUAAAAAAAAAAAAAGAAAAAACACCUUCAGCCGCCGUCACUCUCGAGCGUUGACAAUCCCUAGCGCCGCCGCCACCAGGUUGCAUCUUCGUCCCCUCCGGCGACUUUACACUGCAGUGCGGUUCCCUCCUGCUCAGGUCAGGCGAUAGCCAUAGUACGCCACCUCCGUCAAACCGCCAGUACAGAAUCGUAAACUGUCAAACGGAGAUGACAGAACCGUCGAUUCACCGUUUUGACGACGCUUCUCAUUCUCCUUUCACCCAUUCGAUAAUGAGCUGAACUUCCAUUGUCACUGUCAACUUGUUUCAGAACUCUGGAAUAGCGAAGAACAAUGGUGGAAACAUAUUUUCAGGCCGUUUCGUUGGUCGCUGCCCCAAACUACCCAAAUGCCAUUGCAUGGUCUGAUGAGAAUUUAAUCGCCGUUGCCUCAGGCCCCCUUGUCACUAUACUGAAUCCGGUAUCACCUUUUGGAGCAAGAGGCACUAUUACAAUCCCUGCAACUGAUCCACUUCGAAUAGGGUUGAUAGAGAGAGAAGAUUUAUUUUCUGACUGCUUGUUGACAACUUGCUUAUCUCGGGAUGAUCAGCCUCGUGCACAGUCCAUAUCAUGGUCUCCAAUUGGAAUGGCUCCUAAUGCAGGGUGCUUGUUGGCUGUUUGUACAUCUGAAGGAUGUGUGAAGCUUUACCGUCCACCGUUUUGUGACUUUAGUGCAGAAUGGACUGAGAUUAUGGACAUAUCAAAUAAGCUUUAUGAUUAUCUUGAAAGUAUUAAAUACGGGGAGCUGGAUGUUCUUUCCUACAAGCGUUCUGAUAUUCCAGUGAAGGAAGGUGUGAAUGCUGCUGGUGUCCAAGAGCAUUUCACAAAGGAGAACAGCAAGCGAAGAAAGAAAGAUGAACUCAACUUAAAUUUGAAUCGAGCAUUGGAGAAAUCAAAAGAGAAGCGUCCCAAGAGGAGAACUGAAGAUAGCUCCACGCUUCCAUUGAUUAGUGCACAACAAUAUGCUUCUCGCAGUGCAAUGUUGUUGUCUCUUGUUAUUGCUUGGUCCCCAGUAAUAAAGCCAUCUCGUACGGUUCAUUCGCAUGAGAAUUCAUCUGUUAGUGUUCUUGCAGUAGGAACAAAGUCUGGUAAAGUUUCAUUUUGGAAAGUUUAUGUACCAGAAUGCUACUCCCUUGCUGAGUGCAUGGUUCCAACAAGAGUUCUGCUUGUUGGGAUUCUUCAGGCACACAAUUCAUGGAUCAACUGUAUCAGUUGGAUGUUGUUUGAUUCUGAUUCAUCAAAUCCAAAGGUUUUAUUGGCAACUGGGAGCAUGGAUGGGAGUGUGAGGAUCUGGCAAUGUUACUGUGAAGAGUUGUUAGCAUCUUCAGACUCUAAUUUUGCAUCAUUCUCCCUAUUGAAGGAGGUUAUCAGUGGUGAAGGAGUGCCAACUGUACUCUCACUCUAUGCACCCAAUUUACCUGUGCAUAAACUAUUUUUGGCCGUUGGCAGAGGAUCUGGUUCACUUGAAAUAAGGAUAUUUAACCUAUCUAGCUGUGAAUUCGAUAACGUCAGGCUGUAUGAUGCACAUGAUCACGUUGUUACAGGUGUAGCUUGGGCUUUUGAUGGACGUUAUUUGUUCACCUGCAGUGAGGAUAAUAUUCUGCGAGGUUGGAGUUUAGACGAGAGUUCUCUCCGUGAAGUACCCAUUUCAUCCCAUAUCCCUGAUCUUGGAGGCUCAGGCUCCAUUGAUCUUCCAGAUACAUUUCGGUCAUGCUUUGGCAUUGCAGUGUCCCCAGGAAAUCUUGUGGCUGCCGUGGUUCGCAACUUUGAUCUUGAAUCACUUGAUCGAAUGUACCAAGCAAGGACUCAGAAAGCUGCUGUUCAAUUCUUCUGGAUCGGUGGAGAAGAAAUAGAAGUCAUGCCAAAGAGUUCUUCAUACUCUUAUACUGAAGAGCUUCCGGACGUUUCUAAGAAGGAAAUUGUUCAUUGGGAAUCUAGUCUCUUGUGGUCUUUAAAUCAAUUUAGAAAUCUGAAUAAACCUAUGGUUGUGUGGGAUGUUGUAGCCGCUUUGCUAGCAUUCCGGCAGUCCAUACCAGAAUAUGUUGAUCACAUUCUACUUAAGUGGCUUUCAACGUCAUAUCUACAAUGGAACAAUGAGCUCUCUGCUACAAAGAUUUUGGCACAUGUCUCGAGAAAUGUGUCAACAUUUUCUACUCGCCAACUUCACCUCCUUAACAUUAUUUGUAGACGUGUAGUUCUGUCAGAAUUGAUACAGGAUCAAGUGAACAACGAUCUGCAGAAUUUGGAGAGGCUUAACGAUGCUGAAAAUGAAAAGCAUAUUUUGUGGAAGGAGUUGCUUUUAAGCAGUGAAAGAGAACUCCGUCAAAGGCUAAUCAGUCUAUGUUUUUUUGCAUGUGCAAAGCAUCGCUCACUGUCCACUACUGAAUGUCGACCUGGGUUCUGGUAUCCCACUGGAUUAGCGGAAAUGCAGCAGUGGAUCAUAUAUAAUCGCGAACAUUUACAGGAAUCGGUAAAAGUCAUUGCAUCAAAAGCAGGAAAUAACCGUUGGAGUAAACAUUCAGCAAUGGAGCAGUGCACCUACUGUUCAGCACCGGUUCCAUUCGAGUCUCCAGAACUUGGAUUUUGCCAGGGUGACAAGCGAAAUACUGGUGUCAGUCAGAGCCACAAACUAGUAAGGUGUUCUGUAUCAAUGCAGGUCUGCCCUGCUACUACUCCUUUAUGGUUCUGCAUGUGUUGUUAUAGAAAUGCUUUUAGAUUGGCUCCAGAUGUACUUUUCCAGUUGUCUGAGACUCCCAACUUUCGUUCUUUAAAACUCUCCAAUUUGGAGAUACCCUCGAAACCGUUAUGCCCCUUUUGUGGUAUACUGCUACAACGUCGACAGCCCGACUUCUUACUGUCAGCAUGCCCGGUGUAAGCGCAUUGAAGCUUGUAUAUAUUUGGUGAUCAUAGGUGAGAAUGAUUCAAGGCCAAGCAGCUUAAGUUAAGCCAAAUGAUUUAGAUAGUUGUGGGUGAUGGUAGUAUUAGCAUAAGCUUAGUGUAGUCCUCAGCUCGGAAUUGAGAAAUUAUUGAGAACAUGAAGUAGAUAUUUAGUGUACAUAUAUAUAUAUAGUUAAAAUGAUUAGAGAUAUAACUUAUAGAUGUAUUAGCAUUGGGAGAUCGUGUAUUUAAAUUUCUCGUCAUUUUUUCCCCCAA